AUGCAAUUAUUCGUCAAGACACUCACUGGUAGAACCAUCACAUUGGAGGUCGAGUCCAACGACUCGAUUGAAAAUGUGAAGAGCAAAAUCACAGAUAAGGAAGGAAUUCCAGCAGAUCAACAACGUUUAAUCUAUGCAGGAAAACAGCUGGAAGAUGGAAGAACUCUUUCCGACUACAACGUUCAAAAAGAUUCCACACUUCAUUUGGUUCUUAGACUGAGAGGUGGUAUGCAACUAUUUGUCAAAACCUUAACCGGAAAAACAAUUACAUUGGAGGUCGAGUCUAAUGACUCGAUUGAGAACGUCAAAUCCAAGAUUUGCGAUAAGGAAGGAAUUCCAGCAGAUCAACAACGUUUAAUCUAUGCUGGAAAGCAAUUGGAAGACGGAAGAACUGUUUCUGAUUAUAAUUUGCAAAAAGAUUCAACCAUUCAUCUCGUGUUGAGAUUACGUGGAGGAGUCUCACUGCUUGGUAGUCUCAACAACGAUUGGUGUAAUAGCCCGACCAGUCGGAGGGUGAGCACAUUGACGAAAUGGAUGUGCAUAACGAUAAUGGCCCUCUUAUUCUAUUCCUUCCUCAAUAUAUAUCCUUCAAAGUCUAUCUAUGUACAGUCCAAACCCGUUGAAGCAUACUAUGCAGACUUUGACGUUACAAAACUCCCUAACGGAGCGAUUUAUCCCAGCUCUCCUCUCUUUGCAAAUAUAUUCUUUAAGAAUGGCACCAUGACCCAGUUCGCAAAAGACUUUGCAGCCAACAAGUAUGUUUGGAAUGAAGAAUUUUGUUUACUUGACUCGGACGGUGAUGGGCUAACAAACGGUGAUGAGUUGGGCGAUCCAUGCUGUUAUUGGUCCUCAGGAAAUUCGGCAGCUAGAAGAUAUCUAUUAAGUGAAUUGAGCGACCCAUCCGAUAAUUCAAGUGUCGCAAAUUUUUCAUCGGCUGCAAAUGUUUCAGUAGUGGAGGAUCUAGUUGCCAUACCGACUCAUUUUAGUAUUGAAUUGAAGUGGAAGUUGUCCAAUGAUACUACGAAUGUUAUUUGUUAUUAUCAAAUCCAAAUGUCAACCUUGAAUGCCUUGGGAUAUUCCACUGUCAUGUACAAGACACACAAUGCUAAUUCCUAUACUAGAUACAAUUUAGAUCAAAACACAACUUAUUCUUUCAGAAUUUUGCCCUAUAACAAGUUUAAAGGUUAUUCUCCGUACGGUGUUGGAAAACAAUCCAUUAUAUUUGCAAAAACCUCUGAAGACCCAUAUGGACAGGGUAUAGGUGAUAAUUGCCCGCCAAAUGUUAUUAAGUGGUCAGAAUUGUUCUCAAACCUUACUUCCUUCAAUUUUACCUCAGAAGAAACUGUUGUCACAACCACCAACUUUACCGUCUGCACCAACGUGAGCUCUGUUCAACAGGUGAAUGUGUCAAGCACCACCUACGUUUGUCAGUACAAUUACUUUAUCACUGCAUGCAGCAACUCAACAAGCAACGCCUCUGCCGUGAACAUGACCAUCUGUAACACCACUGCCGCAACGUUGGAUGAUUUAUGCGAUUGGUUUUAUGAUUGUGAAUUUGUAUGUGAUUACAACACUACAGAGAAUUGCACAACUCAGUUCACUAACUGUGAUGAGUUUACGUAUGAUGAACCCGACUGCAUCAACACUACAAUCACUAGAACCUAUGAUUGCUUUGCAAAAACAAUCAAUACCACAACAGAAGCUAACACAACCUCAGUUGUUUGCAGUGAACAAUCAAUGUCAUCAAACUCAACUCGUAGUGUACUUACGAUACCUAAGAACUACACAGUAUUAUUGGACACAAGCCCCCCAAUGCUUCAGGAUAUUCGAGUGUUUGGAUGCUUAAUUUUCAGUGAUGAAAAAGAUAUUGAAAUGCAUUUUGAAACAAUGGUAGUGACAGGCUCUCUUCAAAUUGGAAACGAAUCUAAUCCCUACAAACACAAUGCAACAUUAACUCUGCAUGGAAAAAAGAAUGAAUUUAGUGAAAAAGGUCUGGGAAACAAAAAUAUUGCAAUCACAAGCGGUGGAGUAUUGAGUCUUCAUGGUAAACCUCAUCAAGUAACAUGGACUCUUUUACAAAAAACCACCAAAGUUGGAGACACCAUUAUCACAGUAAUUCAGGAUACGUUGUGGGAUGUGGGAGAUGAAAUCGUGUUAGCCUCAACUGAUUAUGAUAUGAACCAGGCGGAAAGAAGGAUCAUAAUCACUCGAUUUAACAGCACAACCUUUGAACUUAACGCUCCUCUUCUCUAUAGUCAUUAUGCAGAUACAGAAUACUACACAAAAUCAGAUGGUACCGUCGUUGAGUUUGAUCAACGAGGAGAAGUUGGUCUAUUAACUCACAACAUUCGCAUUCAAGGAGAUCAGGAUAGUGACCUCACUUUAUUUGGAGGUCAUACAAUUUACAUGAAGUCAUCCAAAUACAUCAAAUUGAACAAUGUUGAGUUUAGAAGAAUGGGACAAGCUGGUGUACUAGGCCGCUAUCCAGUUCACUUUCACAUGUUUGGAAACGCUUCUUCAUCUUACAUCAAAAAGCUUAGUAUUCAUGACACGUACCAGCGCGCUGUAACGUUCCAUGGAGUUCAUAAUUUGCAUGCAGAAGGUUUAGUAGCAUACAAUAACUUUGGUCAUGCUUUUUUCCUAGAAGAUGCAGUGGAAGAAGGAAAUUUGAUCGAAAAUUGCUUGGGUCUUGUCACAAAAUCAAUUCCAGAUUCAAGAGCCAUUCUUUCGCCAACAAACUUUGACUCUACUCCUGCAACUUUCUGGAUGACAAACCCUAAUAAUAUUCUCAUCAAUAACAGAGCGGCUGGUUCGGCUGGUUCUGGAAUAUGGUAUCAACUGGAACCAUAUAGUCUUGGACCAAAUAUGUCCCCAUACAUUCAACCACGAAAGUGGUAUUGGGGAAAGUUCUUUAACAACACUGCGCAUUCAAACGCUGUUCAUGGUCUGAAUUUAUGGCAUGAUUUCUUCGUUUGUACGGAUCCAAGGUUGGAGAUUUUUCAACGUAUUUAUUGUGGUACUACUGCAAAUCCUUGGGCAGUUGCUGAGUUUACAAAGUUAGUAUCGUUCAGAAAUAGACAACAAGGCCAAUUUGCUUAUGUACAAGGAGAUAUUAGAAUGAAAGAUAGUAUCUAUGCAGAUAAUCCUAUUGGCUACACUUUUAACGUGAUUCACCAAGACUCCUUUACAGUUAAAGAUUGCAUUUUCAUUGGAGAAUCAAAGAAUAAGGGUAAUACCAAUAAUUGCCAAACUGGAUGUUAUAGAUGCGGUAAUGAUUACAAAAAUCCCAAUUCUACCUACAAUCGCUCCUUUGCAAAUUACAGAAGCCAGCCCAUUGUUGGAAUUCAAUUCCACAGAGAUGGCAAACCUAUGCUCUUGGAUGGUGUAGAAUUUUUCAAUUAUGUUGACAAUUGUGAUAGAAGAGCAAAUGCCUUGGACAUCAAAAAUGAUGCUAUGGCUCAUAUGGAACAAGGUGACUACAAGGUGAAAAACUUGAAAUUCCAUAAUUCUAACAUUCUUUAUCUUCUGGUUGGAAAAACAACCAAUUUAGUUGACAAUUACAAGCAUGCGGUCAUUAUCGACCUGGAUGGCUGUCUGUCCAACUCCCUAACUCUUCCUGCUGAAUUUAAUCCAAUUAAUUCUCGAAUAAUACCAGCCAACUCGAUUAUGGUGAAUUUCGACAAGUGUUUCUACGUUAGCAUAUGGAAUGCUUAUAUUUGUGAUCAAUCUGUGAACUGGGCUAAUUUCGACGUUAUUACUCCUGCAAUAACCAACAGCGUAGACUCUACUCGAGUAAACUCAUCGAACGGAUUUCAUGAAGAUCUUCAAGGUCAGCUUUCCACAGGCGGAGAAUGGAAAUACAGAGCUCGUUUUCUAGAUAACAGUACAUUCAACUACACGUUUGAAUGGCUUGGAAAAGUUGGAACUCCGGAAAAGAUCAAUUUCGUUUGGAAAGGUACAGACCCUAUUAGUUUACUUUUAAAAAUUACCAUGUGGGGACCAGUGAACAUUAACAUUGUUUCAAGCAACCAAGAGCUUAUUCUUUCUCCUUCAAAUAGAACAGAUGGUUCAGCAACCUACAAUUGCAAGACAAACACAGUUUCUCUGACUGUUAAAUCGUCAUCAACACUGUUUAUCAAUGAUGCUACUUAUGUGCCUCCUGAACUUGAUUGCAUUACUUUUGACAACUCGCUAUGUUCAAACUUUUCAAACUGUGGUGGAGCUAAAAGAGGCAAGUGCGUAGGACUGAAUGAAUGUGUAUGUCGGUGGGGAUGGACAGAGUCUGAUUGCUCGACAUAUCAUUGUGCUCAUCGUGAGUGGUGUAACGGGCAUGGUACAUGCGUUGGCCCCAAUAUUUGUGCAUGCUUCCCUGGAUUCGCUGGACCUAUGUGUAACAAAGUUGAAGAAUUCGAAUUGUUCAAUAGAGUACUUGCCUUUGGAGAUAUUCACAUUAGAACACUCGACAAUCAGAAUUAUACCUUUAACUCUGUAGGAGAGUUUUAUUUAUACAAAUCUGCAGAGUUGGAUUUACAGGGACGAUUGAAACAGUGUACAUCAACCUCUAAAACGUCAUGUAUGAAAGCAAUUGCAUUUUCAAAUGGAAAUGAUACUGUAGUUGUAACAUCUGAUGGAAAAUCAAAAGUACUAGUCUAUGUUAACCAAGAGUUAGUUGAUCUUUCCAAAACCACAGUCAAUAUGAUUGGCGUUGAAGCAAAUUCUACUUUUAAAAUUCCAUCCAACUUGCAAAAGUUCUACGACCAGAUCAAGUAUCAGAGAGACCCUAUUACAAAUGAAAUUCCUACCAUUCCAAAAGAAUCUCUUGCUUUUAAGCCUCCCACACAAGCUAUUUAUGUGCUUAAUGGUGGAGCUACUAUGGUAGAAGAACAGGAUCCUUCUAACUUUGUUUAUGGAGAAAACGGUACUGUGAUUCCUUUCAAUAUCGUUGUCAUCAAGUUUUCUACAGGGUUCAAGGGACAAAUUCGUUUGAAGAAUGAUGGUGUUGGAUGGCUUAGUGUUUCUUUCUCUCCAUCAAAAGACACCAAUUACACUGGAAGUGAUCGUGGUGGCUUGUAUGGCACCUUAGAUAGCAAUCCCAAUAACGAAUAUACAUUAAGGAAUGGUGUUGUUCUUACUACUCCUUCUCCCGUAGAAAUUCACAGCAUUUUCGGAGAAAGUUGGAGAGUUCCAAAGACUGAAUCUAAAUUUUUCUAUGUCCCACCAGAAACAUAUGAAUCUCUUAAUCCAGUUGAUUUUGUUCCUGCCAUGACCGCUACCACUGAAAAUAAGACACUUCAAGCAUUGGCAGAGAGAGUUUGCAGUAACUUAGGAUUGACCGAUGAGUUUUAUCAAUCAUGUUUGUUUGACGUGAUACAAACAGGAGAUGUAGAAUAUGCAAAAGCAAGUGCUGGUGCUGCCUCUCAAGACCAAUGUGAAACCAACUCUACCGCUUGUCAGACAGUCACCUGUCCAAACUUUUGCAAUCUUCAUGGAAAGUGUGUCUCUGGUAAAUGUUAUUGCGAGAUUAGUUGGACUGGCGACGAUUGUGGAACUGCCUCAAACACUUUGCAAAUCAUUGGAAUUGUUAUUGGAAGUAUUUUUGGGUCUAUUUGUAUUAGCGCUUGUUUGUGUGUGUGCGUAGCUUGCUCUCUUUAUAGAUUCUCUAAACGUCAAAAGAAGGGAUAUAGGCUUUCUAGAAUGGUGAGCAUUGUCCCAACUCAAUUCAACAAACAAGAUGAGUUAACGGAGAUGGACUUUGAUAUGCAGAACAUCCAUAUGACCGAUACAAAUUAUGGAGAAUUGCUAUUCACAAAGAAGCUUCGAUAA